GCAGAGGGAUGAAGCCACUUUGGAUUUUUCUUGUGCUUCUUAGUGAAAUCUGUCAGGUGCCAGCUGUUCACAAGAUCUCAGGUAUAACUCAGGAUACUGGGGUUAUAACAGCUAACGUUGGGGAGAAGGUGAUUGUGAAAUGCUUUUGCAGGGACAAUUCUGUAACUUUCCUUUCUUGGUACCAGCAAAGCUUGGGAGGCAAACCUCUCAUUAUAUCAACUCGGAUGAAGCAAACAAAUGCUACCAUCUUCCCCGCGUAUCAAGAAAGGUUUCAAGUCUUAGCAGAUCAUGACAAAGGCCUCAACCAUCUCAUAAUCAAAGAUCUCCGCCUGACGGAUUCAGCAACAUAUUACUGUGGGGUUUUAGAAUUCAACGCAAUUGAAUUUGGAAAAGGAGCUUUUCUUCACGUCAAAGCAGCUCAGUCCAACAUCCACGCUGCCGUCCAUCAACCAGCGUUGGAGCCACUUCGGCCCGGAGACUCUGUGAAUUUGAGCUGUACGGUGUACGCUCGAGCAUGUGCAGAGGAGCAGAGCCUCUACUGGUUCAGACAUGGUGCAGGUGAGCCUGCAGUCAUGUAUCGCAGCGCGGGACAGUGCAAAAGCAUCCUUGAAGAGUCUGACGUGAAAAAUUGCACUUUAAACCUCGCUUUAAAGUCUGUGAGCUCCCUUGAUGCAGGGAUGUACUACUGUGCUCUGGCCUCCUGUGGGGAGAUUGUGUUUGGAAAUGGAAGCAGAGUGGAGAUUUUAGGAGAUUCUUCUAAAGUCCCCCUCCUCCUGGUGUAUUGCCUCGGUGUGGCAUUGGCAGUUUCCAUUAUCGUGCUCCUAGUCUUGGCUUUCAUUAUAUACAAGUUGAAAAAAAAGCUAUGCUCUGUGUGCAAAGGAACUGUUUCUCAUCUGGCAUGUUCUGCAGCUUCUGAAGUCGUGAGUCAAGAUGCAGACCUUCUCAAUUAUGCUGCUUUGAGUCUGAACAGAACAAGCGAAAGACAUCGUCCAGUGGACAACUUGGAGACAUAUUGUGUGUACUCUAGAGUAAAGAGCAGGAAGGAGUUUAACCACUUCAACGAAUGAUCUCUCUUUCCUGUCGAACCAUCGCAAGACAACAACACUUGUGACUAAAUGAGCAGUUUAAAAAAUGUUGAAAUAAAAUAAAGUAUUUAUUGUGAAA